AGCCGCAACUUUUGGAUCAGAGGUAGGUCCAGUAUCAGCCUCUUCAGUCAGAAAGCGCUAAAAUGUUCCUCUUCGCACUGUUCACCGUGGUGGCAGCCUCCACGGAAGAUGCCUUGCAGCUGGAUGACCAGUGCAGCAAUGGCGAAGGCUGCCACCUCAACCUUGCCCAGCUGCGAGGCCUGGCAAAUGCCAGCCAGGCGGGCGACCGUGCAGGGCUCGAGCAGGUGAGGAGGCUUCGGAUAGUGAACGCGUGCAACAGACAUCCGAUCUGGAUUGCGCAUGCAGUGGGUGCGGGGGUCGGGCCAGAUCCGCAGAACGUGAAGAUUGCGCCCAAUGGGUUCCACGACUUUGCCACCCCCAGCCAUUUGUCUGCCACACGCUUCUGGCCAAAGAUGGGCUGCGAUGCGUCUGGCAACAACUGCCAGAUCGGCAGCAGUGGCGGCCCGGGCCAAAAAUGCCAGUUCAACCCGGCCACGGGGCAGGAGGACUACAGCCGUUGUGCCCCGCCGGUGGAUACCAAAUUCGAAGCGAGCUUUGGAGAGAACGGCGCCCCUUGCAAUCCGCAGACGCCUGGAGGCGUGGAAAUGAAGGGCUGCGACUAUGUGGACAUUAGCCUGGUGGAUGGCUGGACUUUGCCGGUGAAGCUGGACGUCCACGGCGAUUGUAGGGCGGCCAACGACCAGAAGAUCGAGGACGGGAGUUGCCCACAGUUCAGAGAACCAGCUGAUCCCCAGCAGUCCAGCUAGCUCACAGCGGGUC